UGGAAUUUUCUUUUAUCAAAUACAUUUCUGGCGAGCCAGCCGCUCUCUUAGGAAAGGCCAAAGCCACCCCGUUUAUUAGUCUCUGCUCUCUCUCUCUUUCUCUUUCUCAGAUCUCUCCCAAUACACCUAAUCUCUCCCAGCGUCUCUCUAGUGGUAUCUCGAUUGAUAGCAAUGGUAUUCUACCGAAGCGUUUCUCUACUAUCAAAGUUGCGAUCUCGAGCUGUUCAGCAGCCUAACCUUAGCAAUUCGGUGCGCUGGCUCCAAGUUCAGACCUCAUCUGAUCUGGACCUCCGUUCUCAGCUUCAGGAAUUGAUUCCAGAACAGCAGGAGCGCCUCAAGAAAAUCAAGUCACAACAUGGAAAAGUUCAACUUGGAAACAUCACAGUAGAUAUGGUAAUUGGUGGUAUGAGAGGAAUGACUGGAUUAUUGUGGGAAACCUCAUUACUUGACCCAGAUGAGGGAAUCCGCUUUAGGGGAUUGUCUAUACCUGAAUGCCAGAAGUUACUACCUGGUGCACAGCUUGGUGGAGAGCCAAUGCCUGAAGGUCUCCUGUGGCUUCUCCUAACAGGAAAGGUGCCGUCAAAGGCACAAGCGGAUUCCUUAUCUCAAGAAUUGAGAAGUCGUGCUACUGUUCCAGAUCAUGUGUAUAAAACCAUUGAUGCCUUACCUGUUACGGCUCACCCAAUGACUCAAUUUGCAACUGGUGUCAUGGCUCUUCAGGUUAACAGUGAAUUUCAGAAGGCAUAUGAAAAGGGGAUUCACAAGUCGAAGCUCUGGGAACCAACAUACGAGGACUCCCUCAGUUUGAUUGCUCAACUUCCAAUUGUAGCUUCCUAUGUAUAUCGCAGGAUGUACAAGAAUGCCCAAGUUAUAGCGAAAGAUGACAACUUGGAUUAUGGUGCAAAUUUUGCACACAUGUUAGGUUAUGACAGCCCUGCUGUGCAUGAACUUAUGAGGCUCUAUAUUACCAUCCAUACUGAUCACGAAGGUGGGAAUGUUAGUGCUCACACUGGUCACCUGGUGGCCAGUGCUCUUUCAGAUCCUUACCUCUCAUUUGCAGCUGCAUUGAAUGGUCUAGCCGGACCCCUCCAUGGUUUGGCUAAUCAGGAAGUGUUAUUAUGGAUCAAAUCUGUUGUAGAGGAGUGUGGGGAGAACAUAUCCAAAGAGCAGCUAAAGGAUUACGUCUGGAAAACCUUAAACAGCGGCAAGGUUGUACCUGGAUUUGGGCAUGGAGUUCUGCGCAAGACCGACCCUAGAUAUACUUGCCAAAGAGAAUUUGCAUUGAAGCACUUACCUGAAGAUCCAUUGUUUCAACUGGUUUCAAAGCUUUAUGAAGUCGUUCCUCCUAUCCUUACAGAACUUGGCAAGGUCAAAAACCCAUGGCCAAAUGUUGAUGCGCACAGUGGGGUGUUAUUGAACCAUUACGGUUUAUCUGAAGCGAGAUACUAUACAGUCCUCUUUGGUGUAUCUAGAGCUAUCGGCAUUUGCUCACAGCUGAUAUGGGAUCGAGCUCUUGGAUUGCCAUUGGAAAGGCCAAAGAGUGUAACUAUGGAGUGGCUUGAAAAUUACUGCAAGAAAGCUGCUGGUGCUUGAGUUUUUCACCUGAGUAUAGAAUUCUGUAUUUAAUUUCUUAAUAAUAACUCCUUGGCAAAAAGCGGCCGAAAACUUCAAGGGUGCGGUUGAAGAUGAUCUUUUCAGUUCUUUAGCUAGAUUGUACCUGUGUUGCCAUAGGUGUUUUGCCAUUGCCUCUAGUUUUCUACUUAAGUUGUUGCCAGCAUUUUGAAACCUUUUUACUGAUUCAGCAUCCUGAGGUUGGUGUCUUACGAGCUGAAAUAAGCAUUUUGUACCAUUAUUAUAGUGCAAAAGUAAAAAUCAUGAUUUUUUUUCC